AUGCCCCUGACUACGUCCGGUGUCUUAUCCUCUGUCCUACACCCUGUUACGCCCAACUGUUACUGUGUAAAGCCUAGGGCUAAGGUUACCAUUGUCGGGACUGGCUCUGUCGGUAUGGCUUGUGCCUUUGCAAUAAUGAUGAAGGAAUGUGUUAAUGAAUUGUGCCUUAUUGAUAUCAUGACCGCAAAAGUAAAAGGAGAAGUUAUGGAUAUGGAACAGUCGCAACCUUAUCUGAACAACUGUAAAAUCCGUGGGGGGAGUGAUUAUGCACUUUCUGCUGGAUCCGACAUUAUUGUUAUCACUGCUGGCGUCCGACAGCAACCCGGAGAAUCGCGCCUGAAUUUGGUCCAAAGGAAUACAGACAUUUACAAAAAUCUUGUCCCAGGACUUGUAAAGCACAGUCCAGACGCCGUGUUACUAGUGGUUUCGAAUCCUGUCGACAUUAUGACAUUCGUCACUUGGAAACUUAGUGGGUUUCCUCGCAACCGUGUACUUGGCAGCGGCACUACACUUGAUUCUGCUAGGUUCCGAUUCUUUCUCGGUCAAAAAUUUAACGUCGAUCCUCAAUCUGUUCAUGGAGUGAUAAUUGGUGAGCACGGUGACUCUUCAGUCGCCGUUUGGAGCAAAGUUUCAAUUGGAGGAUGCAAUUUGUACUCCAUAAAUCCUGCUGUUGGUACUGACAGUGACGUUGAAAAUUUUGGCCAAAUUCACAAGGACACAGUUGGAGCAGCUUACGAAAUUAUCAAUUGCAAAGGCUACACUGCAUGGGCUAUCGGUGUCUCGACAUGGAAAAUCGUGGACGUUAUUCUCAAUAACAAGAACAUGGUCCUACCAGUCACAACUGCUGUAAAGGGUUUAUAUGGAAUAACUGAUGAUGCCUUCCUCAGCCUCCCUUGCGUCAUUGGUGCUACAGGCGUUGUGAGUGUGGUCAACAUCGCACUUGAUGAUACAGAGAUCACUUCAUUGCAAAAGAGUGCCCAACUGCUUCGAGAAACGACAGACGGCAUUAACUGGUAA